AUGCAGAUUUCAAGCCCACAGGCGAGUCCCCCAUUGGCUGGAAACGAGGCCUUUCGCAACACCACCUGCCCUACAUGCGGGGGACCCGCUCUCCGUGAAACGGACACCAUGGACACCUUUGUAGAUUCGUCCUGGUACAUGCUUCGUUACACGUGCCCCAAGUUCGGGGAUGGCCCCUAUGACCCGAACAUCCUCAAGCAAUGGCUUCCGGUAGACCAAUACACCGGUGGCGCUGAGCACGCGGUUAUGCACCUGCUCUAUGCCCGUUUCUUUAUCAAGGCCAUGCGGGACAUAGGAUUGGUGGAUUUUGACGAACCAUUCCUUCGCCUUUUCAAUCAGGGCGUGAUCCUGGGUUCUGACCACGAGAAGAUGAGCAAGAGUCGUGGAAAUGUGGUAAACCCGGAUGAUGUUAUUGGCACAAUGGGCGCGGACGCGGUCCGCUGCUUCCUGAUGUUUAUCGGGCCCUGGGACCAGGGUGGCCCUUGGAGCGACGUUGGCAUAAAUGGCGUUGCGCGCUGGCUCAACCGGGUUUGGGCACUGGUGUCGAGGGACCCACAAGACCUUGAGUCGUCGCCUGUUGAUGCACAGGCAGUUAAAGACACGCUUCGAAUUCUUCACCAGACGGUGCGCAAGUGUCACGGCGACUUGGAUCGGUUCAAGUUUAACACUGCCAUUGCAUCACUAAUGGAGUUGGUUAAUCACGCAAAUGUUGAUUCGGACACUUGGAUGGAAUGCAUCGAGAAGUUCCUGUUAAUGCUAGCUCCUAUCGCUCCCCAUAUCGCGGAGGAACUGUGGGAGCAGACGGGUCACGCUUAUAGCAUUCACCAACAGAGCUUUCCUGCCUGGGACGAAUCGCUGGCAGCCGACGAAACAAUCACUUUGGUGGUCCAGGUGAAUGGAAAGGUUAGGGACCGCAUAGAAGUGCCGGCGAAUAUUGACGAGCCCACUGCCCACGAACUGGCCCUUGCCAGCAGCAAGGUACAGCCCUACACCGAAGGAAAAGUUGUGGACAAAGCUAUUUACGUGCCAGGUCGCCUGGUUAACGUGGUAGUGGUAUAG